AUGUCUCAACCAUCCAACUCUUCUCCUUCCAAGAACAUGCCUUGUUCUCGUAGCGCUGAACCAAGCAACCCUAACAGAGAAGAUCCUGUUGUUGACUCUGUGAAUACCCCACAUGCAAGAAGACCUAAAGAAAUUGUAUCAGGCUUCUCCUCAUCCAUCGUUCUUGAGGAACGAACCAAAGAAGGUUCCAGGUAUGUUCAUAAUGCCAUUGCCACUAUAGUGACUGGAAUACUGUCUGGAAAUCAUGAGGUCCUUGGGGUUUCCAUUCUCUUAAACACUAUUGAACCUGAUAGUGUUGCUGAUCAAGAAAAUACUGAGUCUUUAGGAAAGAAUAUCUCUGAUGAUGUUGAGCAAAUUGAUGCUCAUAAGGAGUCAAAUGUUGACAAACCCUUAGAUAAUGUGGCUGGUGAGGAAGUUCAUGUCACUCAUGAUAAGAGGCUGGCUUUGAAAUGGGAAUUAGCUCAGAAUGUCCUAGACUGUAAGGAUAUUAUGGAUCUUAUUCAAGAGGUUGGUUUAAUGAAGAUUGUGACUCAGUUUUCAAAGUGCUAUGAGAUGUUGGUAAAGGAAUUUAUUGUUAAUUUGUCUGAAGAAUAUGCUGAUGGCAAGUCUAAGGAAUUCAGGAAAGUGUAUGUGAGAGGCAAGUGUGUAAAUUUCUCUCCUUCAGUGAUCAACAAGUAUUUGGGAAGGCCUGAUGAAGCUCAACCUGAGCUUGAGGUAAGGAAGUGGCCUCUCAAAGGAAAAUUGGUGGCAAGUAAACUGAGUGUCAAGUAUGCAAUGCUGCACAAGAUUGGAGCUGCUAACUGGGUGCCCACCAAUCAUAAAUCUACAGUUGUUGUAAUGCUUGGAAAGUUUAUAUAUGCUGUUGGAACCAAAGCCAAAUUUGACUAUGGCUCCUAUAUUUUUGAUCAAACUUUGAAGGAUGCAGGAAGCUUCAGUGUGAAGGGUCCUAUAGCCUUUCCUUCUCUCAUCUGUGGUAUUGUUUUGAAUCAGUUUCCAAACAUCUUAACUGAGAAUGAUUUUGUGAAGAAAAAAGACAGUCCUAUGUCUUUCAAUCAUAAGUUGCUCCUAGGUACCCAUGUCCCUGACAUUGUCAUGACAUCAGGUGUAAGCAAUCAGCCAGGUAAAGCUGUUGUCAUUGCAAUGCUCAAAGAAACCUGGAGGGAAUUAGAGGCAAGGAAGCUGAACUUGGAAAAAUUGAUUAGCUCUUUGGAGAUGACUGAAGGUGAUGUGCUAGCUGAUGGUGGAGAAUUUGGUGAAGCUGUUGCUGUUGCAGAAGAAGCUGAAAGACAAGGUGAAGAGGGAGAAGCAGAUGUCAGUCCUGAUGAUGGCACAGAUGAUGAUGCUGACUCUGAGUCAGAUGACUAG